CACAGUUUUACCAUUAAAUUGAUGAUUUCAUCAAGUAAAAAACAAUUGGUUUGAUUAUAUUGAAUCAAAAACAACCAACUAUUCUUAUCUGAACAUUAUUCCGGAAGAAUUGAAAAUUUACAAAUUUCAAGAUCAUUUCUACAAUUUUUUAAAUAAAAUAAGAUCAUCCUUGAAUUCAAAGCGAAACUCUACAAAACUAACCACAAUUUCUGUGACAGAUCCGAAUGGAAGAAUAACUGGCCUAGUUAAUUCAAAUAUUCCAGAAAUCCAAAUGACUAGUGAUGAUGGAUUGCAAAGUAUGAAAUAUUUAAAAGAUAAUGAAUUGUCUAAGUAUGAAGAUAUUAUCUAUACAAUCCAAAAUGAUUCAAUCCCUUUAAAUUCAUCUGACAAUGUGACUAAUAGAAUAUUACAUUAUUCAGUGGAAUAUGGAUAUACAGAUUUAGUUAAAUGGUUAUUAAAUAAUGGAGCAGAUUCAAAUUAUAUCAAUGAAUUGGGAAAUCAACCUAUACACUCAGCAGUCUCAAGAAAACACGUACAAAUACUUCAACUGUUAAUUGAUUUUGGCGCCAAAGUGGAUGCAAAAAACCGACUAGGUGCACAAGCUAUACAUCUAGCAUGUGAAGCGGAUUUUGUAGAAGGAUUAGAACUUCUGCUUGAAAUUGCAGUAGAUGCCAAUACACCUGAUGAACAGGGUGCAACACCAGUUCAUUAUUGUUGUUUCAAUGAUAGUGCUGCAUGUUUACAAAUGUUGAUACAAGCUGGUGGGAAUAUAUACCAGACAGAUGCUUUAGGAAAAUAUCCAAUUCAUGAAGCGAUUUCCCAAUCAAGUUUACAAUGCCUUAAAAUUCUUUUGGAUUAUAAUCAAUAUGAUAUGCAAGCACAUAAUGAGCCAACGACAACAAUAACAGAACCUUCUUGGCAGGUUGUUAAUCCUAUGAUUACUAACACAGAGAACCAUAAAUCUAAUUCAGUAUUCAGUCGUAAAUAUUCAACAAGUUCAAAUAAAUUUAAUUCAGGAUCUAAAGAUUUAACGAAUUCAUUUGAAUUCGAAAUGCGACAGGAAAAACUUAAUCAGAGAAUGAGGAAGCCGUUCAAGAAACACCAGUUGAUGCACUUACGUGAUGGUGAAGGUCUUGCACCAAUUCAUGCGGCAGCUAGUUCAGGAUCGAUUGAAUUGUUGAAUAUAUGCCUUCAAUAUAACCCAGAUGUACUAGCUAAAGAUCAAAAUGGUCAAACAGUACUGCAUUAUGCUGCACUACGAGGUGAUCUAGAAUGUGUAAAGGCAAUCAUUAAAAACAUUUCACUCGAAGAACAAACCAAAUUAAUUCAAUGUUCCAAUGAAAAUCAAGAAACGUGUCUACAUUUAGCAGCUAAACACAAUUUUGUUGAUAUGGUAGAUUAUUUAAUAAGUUUGGGAUCAAAUAUUAAUCAACAAGAUAUAAAUGGUUAUACACCAAUAAUGUCAGCUGCUAUUAAAGGUUCAAUUAAUGUAAUUGAUUAUUUAUUAAAUAAAAACAUUAUAAUUAAACAUCAUGAUAUAAAACAAAGAAAUUUAUUUCAUUUAAUUGUUUUAAGUUGUUCAGAUGAAAUAUGUAAUUCAAUUGAAAUAAUAAAAAAUCUUAAAGAGUUACCUGAAUUAUUGAACGAUGUAGACAAUUAUGGAUAUACACCGUUACAUUAUGCAACUAAAUUAGGUCUUAUAGAAACUUGUCUAUUCUUUUUACGAUAUGGUGCAAAUGUAACAGUUGUCGCUAAAUUUGGCCGCUUACGAAUAUCACAGGUUAUACUGAAUACAACUGGCGGUAUGAGAACAUUAUCUAUGACUGAUAGUAAAGGUUGUCUACCUUUGCAUAUAGCAGCUUAUUAUGGACAAGAUAAAUUAUUGGAACUUUUUUAA